AGCAGCAGCAGCUCAGGGAGUAGUACUAGACCACUGUGUUGUGCAGGAACAGGCACGACGUAUCCGAAAACCGCUAGCGGAUUAAAUGAAAACGAAAACUACUCUUUCAUGUGGAUUAAUUCCGGGGAGAGACGUUUAGUUGAAGCGAGAAGACUUUUAAGCGAAAUUGGACCGAGUGACGAGGAUUGGGACGUUAGUCACAGUGCGAUAACACCACCGAAUGAUUUCUUUUGCCCCGCCGCUAAGGUUGCAGGCUAAAAGAAACGGCCGAUAAUGUGCAGCAUCUGCUCUACAGCAACACCCACUUCCUGCCUGUAGAGGAAGCGGCUGUGCCAGCAUGUCCUCUCAUCCCCAGACUGUGCCGCCGGGCCGGAGGACUGUGGACACACGGCACCUGCCAAACCCCGCCACUCUACCACUGCAGCUGCAACGGGCACACACGGAUGUCGGACUGGUUGACUACCCCUCUCAUCAUAGCAGGGAAUACAGUCCCCACCUCACCCAGCCCCAUCGUCGUCGACCUUCUUUGCUUUCAGAGUUCCAGCCUGGAAGUGAAAGAGGACAGGAUCAGCAUAUCCGCUAUGAGCACAUCUACCUAGCAGAGCCCACUGGCCAAUCAGAGGUGGAGUAUGCAGAUAUCAAAAGGCCUCGUUUAGAGAUGGGACCAGAGUCUGUGAUGAGGCCUUCAUCCCACCGCCCGCCAUUGCCUCUGGGAGGGCCUGAGGACAUGACAAAGGAUCGCGGAAGCGCCAUUGGGAAGCUGGAGCCCAUCUCCCCUGUAAGUCCUGUCCAUAUUGAUCCUGACUUGGAGCUGGUUCCAGCUCGGUUCUCCAAGGAAGAAUUGAUUCAGAACAUGGACCGUGUAGACAGGGAGAUCAGCAUGGUGGAGCAGCAGAUUUGCAAGCUUCGCAAAAAACAGCAACAGCUGGAGGAGGAGGCCGCAAAGCCCCAUGAGCCAGAGCGACCCAUCUCGCCACCACCAAGUGAGGCCAAGCACCGCAGCCUGGUGCAGAUCAUCUACGAUGAGAACAGGAAAAAGGCAGAAGAAGCUCACAGGAUACUGGAGGGACUGGGACCCAGGGUAGAGCUGCCUCUGUACAACCAGCCAUCUGAUACCAAGCAGUACCAUGAAAACAUCAAAAUAAACCAGGCGAUGAGGAAGAAGCUCAUCUUAUACUUCAAAAGGAGAAAUCAUGCUCGUAAGCAGUGGGAACAGAAGUUUUGCCAGCGCUAUGACCAGCUAAUGGAGGCUUGGGAGAAGAAGGUGGAGCGCAUUGAAAACAACCCACGGCGCAGAGCCAAGGAAAGCAAGGUGCGGGAGUACUACGAGAAACAGUUCCCAGAGAUCCGCAAGCAAAGAGAGCUGCAGGAGCGAAUGCAGAGCCGUGUUGGGCAGCGAGGGGGUGGGCUGACCUCAUCUGCAGCUCGCAGUGAACAUGAAGUCUCUGAAAUCAUUGAUGGAAUAUCAGAGCAUGAGAACACAGAGAAGCAAAUGCGACAGCUGGCAGUCAUCCCUCCUAUGCUGUUUGACGCUGAGCAGCAACGCAUCAAGUUCAUCAACAUGAAUGGGUUGAUGGGUGACCCCAUGAAGGUGUACAAGGACCGGCAGGUUAUGAAUAUGUGGAGCGAUCAAGAGAAGGACACGUUCAGAGAGAAGUUCAUCCAGCACCCCAAAAACUUCAGUCUGAUUGCGUCUUUUCUAGAGAGAAAGACGGUGGCAGAGUGUGUGCUCUUUUACUACCUGACCAAAAAGAAUGAGAACUACAAGAACAUUGUGCGAAGGAACUACCGACGCAGAGGAAGAAGCCAGCACGGUCAGCAGCAGCAGCAGCAGCAGCAGCAACAACAAGUGAACCGGAACAGCCAGGAAGACAAGGAGAAGGAGGAGAAAGAGAAGGAGGCAGAGCGGGAUGAAGAGAAAAAUGACACUGAAGACAAGGAAGAUGGAAUGAAGGACGACACCUCUGGAGAAGAUGCAGAGGACAAAGAGCCUCCCGUGGCUAUCAAGGGUCGACGAACAGCCAAUAGCCAGGGACGCCGCAAGGGCCGUAUAACCCGCUCUAUGACCAGCGAAGCAGAGGAGACCUCAGCACCGCCACUCAACAAUGAGCUCGCCAAUCUUGAAAUGAAUGAGAGCUCUCGCUGGACUGAAGAAGAGAUGGAAACUGCCAAAAAAGGCCUUCUCCAGUAUGGUAGGAAUUGGUCCGCCAUCGCCAAGAUGGUGGGAUCAAAGACCGUGUCACAGUGCAAGAACUUCUACUUCAACUACAAGAAGAGGCAGAAACUGGAUGAAAUUCUGCAGCAGCAUAAAAUGAAAUCGGAGAAGGAACGAAAGGCCCGUCGUAGAGGCAAAGCCUCACAGAAUGAGGAAACUAAUGCCCCAUAUCCAGCAGAGGAGGAGGAGAUGGAGGGUUCAGGAGCCAGCUGCAAUGAAGAAGAAGCCCCCGAGGAUGGAGAAGGUGGAGCCAAUAACAGCUCUGACACGGAGAGCCUGCCCUCGCCGCACUCGUCUGAGGACAGCAAGGCUAAGGAGGAAGCCUCAAGCAAGGCAAAGGGCAGCUCAAACACUGGCGACAAGAAGGAGGACCUCGCAGACACAAGUCAGGCAGGGGAUGAGAAACCUCCAGUCAAGGAAGAUGCAGAUUCCAUUAAACAGGAGAUUAAGACUGAAACAGGGGAGCCCAACAGAGACCAGCUGCAGCCAACACCGCCCAGUGAUGCCACAGAUACAAAACCUCCCACUGCAGGCACGGAGGAAGUCAAGAGCUCCAACAAGAACUCCAAGAAGGACCAUGCGGCCAAAACUUGCUCCCAUGGAGACAGUGACUCUAGUGCCACUUGCAGUGCUGAUGAGGUGGAGGAGACGGACAACACAGAUAAGAACAGAAUGAUGUCUCCACGGCCAAGCCUACUGAACUACACUCAUGAUGGGGUCAUAUCAUCCCCACUACAGAAGCCCAUGGAUCUGAAACAGCUGAAACAGAGAGCAGCUGCUAUACCACCUAUUAUGCAAGAAGCCUCGGUGCACGGGGGUCAGCAGAGUGGGAAGGCAUUACUGCCUCCCCACGCUUUGGCACUGUACCAGCAACAGAUCACCAUGGCUCAUGGGGAGUCCUCCCAGGAGGUCAAGCUGCAACAGCAGCAGCAGUUUCCAGGCCAGCCAGGCAAACAGCAGCCUUAUACCCCACAGGCAGACAGAGACAGGGAGGCUCUGCACAGCAACAGCCCACGUGUUCGCCCGCGCAGCCCCUCUGCCGGCGAAAAGGAUGAAAAGCCCCCAGCAUUCUCUCCACACAGUGAAGCUAAGAAGCAGGCGCUCGGCCCUGAUGACCCGAGGACCUCUAACUUGGGGCGCUCAGUUCUAUCCCCUUACCCUGUGUCCCCACGAGACAUGUCCAAGAGCACUCAUGACCAGCACCUGAUCCACUUCAACUCGUUCCAGCCAUCAGGCCACCCCUCACUGCCGCAGGACAGCGGAAGGCUAGCAGCAGUGAGACCGCUCACAAUGCCAGAGCCUCCACCUCUCAUUUCCUCCUCCAAGCCAGGAGGCUCUAUCACACAGGGCACACCAGUACAGCUGCACAGCCCAGCUCAUGGGUUGGACCAUGGGAAGAUGCCCUCCGCACCGAUGGGGGUGCCUUGGAUGGAUCAGAGGAAAGGGGCAGGUGGUUUUCCAAUAGUAAAGCAGGAACAGCUGUCCCCUCACAGCUCGUCCUCCCAAGCUGAUAACCUGUCAGCCCAAGGGCCAUCUCAUGAUAGUGCUGCUGGACGUGCGUCUAUUUCAGCUGUUCAGGGGGGUAGUAUCACUAAAGGCAUCCCAGGGACCAGACUGCAUCCUGAUUCCCCAAUUCCCUAUCGAGGCGGCUCCAUUACUCAGGGGACGCCGGCUGAUUCGCUUUAUAAGGGAACCAUAGCGCGACUAAUGACUGAGGACAGUGCCAGCCGAGUUGAGAGGGAGCGCGAUGAGGCCCUGUCUAAAGGACAUGUGCUCUAUGAGGGCAUUAGUGGGCACAUUCUUACAUAUGAUCGCUCAGCAUCCCAGACUCCUAAAGAUGAGGGCCGAGGUGGAGGGCAGUCUGGGGAAAUCCUGGGCCUCAAGCGUCCUUAUGAUGUAAUGGAAGGAGGCAUCUCGAGGGGACUGCCUAUGAGGGAAUCGUUGUCUGCUGCCAACUGUGAAGGACUGAUUGGACGAGCCAUGCCUCAUGAUAGUGACAGUCCCCACCAUGCCUCUUACAAGGACUCUCAUCACAUCCGUGGUUCCAUCUCACAAGGUAUACCUCGUCAUCUAGAUCAGGAUAACUACAUGAGGAGGGAACCUAAACAGAUGAAAAGAGAGAGCCCCCCACCUCGUGGGCCUGGCUCUUUGUCUGAUUCUAUGAAAGGCCGAGAGACCAUAGUGAAGGAGGCUGGGCGCUCUAUCCACCUCAUUCCCAGGGAAGAGCUCCGACAGCCUGGAAAGGAGGGCAUCAUUGUACAGGGAUCGUCCAUGAAGCAGGAGGUGGCUAGUUCAGGGAAACGUCAUGAUGUCCGCUCCAUCAUGGGCAGUCCCUACCACGGUACACAGUCACACCUGGAGAUGCGUACUGAGAGAAGCCGAUAUGAAGACGCACCUAAAGGGCGCCCCAGUGCAGUGGUCAGUACAGCUAGUCCCAUAUCGCGCUCUUCUCCACUGACGCUGGGGUCAGAGCAGGGUGGCAAAGCCCAUCACAGCCCAGUGGGCUACGAUGAUAAAGGAGCCUUAAGGACACCUUACCCUGGAUCCUCACAUCGUAGCUCCCCACUGUCCAGGGAGGCAGGUCAAAGGCAGCAUGAGGUUUCCAGUAAGAAUCUGACUCAGGAGCGUAAAGCCACACCAACCCCCAGAGAGAUGACUACCACCAAAUCACCACUUUCCACUCUUCCAGAUCAGCAGACCCUGUUUCCGAGUCUGGGACAUGAAAUGUACCGUCACAUUUCCUUAGCUUUUGAUCCUGCUGCAAUGGGUCGUAGUAUCCCAAUCGACUCAGCAGCAUACUACUUGCAUAGGCCCCUUGCUUCCGGCGCUCCAUACUCUCCCCACUACCCCUACAUCAUCCGUGGCUUUCCUGACACCGCCGCCCUGGAGAACCGGCAGACGCUGCUCAACGACUAUAUCACUUCUCAGCAGAUGCAUCAGUGGCCCGCAGCUGCUGCCAUGGCUGCACAGCGCUCAUCUGACAUCAUGAGGGGCAUUCCAUCACGUGACCAGGCUGUCCCCCUGCCCUACCCUCCUCGGGGGAUCAUCGAUCUUUCUCAGGUAUCACACAUACUGGUCCCUCCCUCUCCAGGGACAGUGGAUCGCAUCCCUUACAUCCCUGGGACGAGCACCGGCUUCCCUGGCAGACCUUACACCACCUCUCCCAUCUCACCCGUUGGCUCCUCACACAUGAGCAAAAUGCAAGGCACGGCCUCAUCUUUAGAGCGUGAAAGAGACCGUGAACGUGACAGGGAGCGGGAGCGUGAAAGUGAGAGGGAGCGGGAACGGGAAAAGGAGAGGGAGCGUGAACGGGACCGUCAGAGAGAUCGGGAAAAGGAAAGGGAGCGCGAGAGGGACCGCGAAAGGCAAAGGGACCGGGAGAGAGAGAGGGAUCGAGAGCGUGAGAGAGACAAGGGCGGCUCUAUUGGAAAUGUGGAGCAUGCCCCCAUCUGGCGACCAGGUACAGAGCACAGCUUGUCAAGCAGCAGCAGCAGCGUAAGACCUGCGUCCCAGCCGCACAGCCACCAGCACUCCCCAGUGUCGCCUCGUACCCAGGAAAACGUCCAGCAGAGGCCAAGUGUCCUGCACACUGGGGGGAAAAGUCUUUCUGUCAACGAACACUCCGGCUCAUCUGUGUUACGGUCCAUGCCCUCAGGGUCAUCCCACUACCAAGCUUACCCUAGCCAUCUCCAAAGGACAGGUGUGCUUUCUGAGGCCUACCCAACUGCCAUGGAUUUAAAUGCACCCAAAGAGCAGAGUCGCGAUGCAGGCAAAAACAGGGGAGGUCUACCCAAACAUUUUCAGGACCAGCAUGGCCCAUCCAGUAAAUCUGACCCCAAGCUGUCCAGCCCCAGCCCAGGUGGACUAUACCCCGGAUCUUAUACCUCUGCUUCAGGCCGUCCCCAGCACCUACUGCCUCUGCAGUCAGACAACCCUCCUGGCCGUGGAGAAAGCGGUACACCUAGUAGGGAAAAGACUCAAAACAAACAGAUGUCCAUUCAAGAACAAGAGCUCCGAUCACUCGCUAUGACACACGGUCUUUACCGUUCUCCAUCUGAAGAGAGACUGUCUCCAGGCCAGCAGCCCCAGUCCCCUUGUGUCAAAGGCAGCCAAAGGGUGGUCACUCUGGCACAGCACAUCAGCGAGGUGAUAACUAAAGACUACAGGCAGAGCCAGCAGCAAAGCUACCACGGUUCUCCUGUCCUGGACUUGACCCGUCCACCCAGUGCCUCCCAGCCCCCUCCCACUUCACAGGAGUCUGCUCAGGGGACCCGCUAUGCCGAGGGACCUGGUGGAGAACGCAACAGAGACCGAUCUCCACCUCAGCCUAAAACAUCACCUGUCAGUGUUUCUAUUGACGGCAUCGAACCAGUGUCUCCUGCUGGAGCCAACUCUGAACCUGAAGUCCAGAGAGGAGCCUCCUACCCCAGCGAGCAGGGAGAGCAAGGGAUGGGUUCCCACUCUCCUCCAAAUGCCUCCCAGCCUCCUGCCUUCUUCAGCAAACUGACUGAGAGCAACUCGGCUAUUGUGAAAUCAAAAAAACAGGAAAUCAUCAAGAAGAUGAUUUCAGUAGUGGGAAGUGAAACUGAUUUCAAUGCUGGUCAGCCUGGAACAGAAAUCUUCAAUAUGCCAGCAUCUACAACUGCAGUACCUGUAAACAUCCGCCAAAACCCAGCCCCAGAAACGCCUGGAAACUCAAUAGGCCUGGAGGCCAUUAUAAGAAAGGCUUUGAUGGGCAAUUAUGAUCAAUCUGAGGAGCGCUCUCCAUCCAACGCUGCUACCCUGCUGAGCUCCGGUUUGUCUGCAGAGGGGCGAGUUGAAGACUCUUUGUCACAAGGAGGCACAAAGUCCUCGAAGGGUAGUGGACGCUCUAAUGGGCGCAAGGCAAAGUCUCCAGGACCAGGGCUUUCAGGAGGUGAGAGACCUUCCUCAGUGUCCUCGGUCCACUCAGAGGGAGACUGCAACAGGCGAACCCCGCUCACCAACCGUGUCUGGGAGGACCGGCCUUUGUCUGCAGGUUCAACACCAACUCCGUUUCCAUGCAACCCGCUGAUCAUGCGUUACCCCAGCGGACCGAUGCCUGCUCAUUCACCCUCCUCUGGCCAACAAGGGAGCCAGGGACCAGGGUCCGGACCCGGACAGGGUCGCCCCUCCUGGGGGGAGGAGGAGCACAAACCUCUGCUUGUGUCUCAAUACGAGACCCUGUCCGACAGCGAGUGACUGGAAACGGCAGAUUAAACAGGACCUGCGUACGGUCACUCACCUCCACAAACACGGCAUCCGCAGACCUUCCCACACCAUUCCAACACGUAUUUCCUCCAUCAGUCAUCGAGAAUGGAUCGGGUCCUCCUCUCAUGCACCUGAUAUGCCAAACAGCGACGAAGUGGAGCACUGCUGCACCCCCCGUGCAUGCAUGUGUGCACGCACGUGUAUGUAUGUUUGCGCUUACAUGUUAUGCAUUCACUCCAGGACUGCUCCAAAGGACAAAUCACUUUUUCUUUUUUUUUCUUUUUUCUUCUUAAUUUACUACUUUUCCUCACUGGCCUUAUCGAUAUACACACAUGGACCUCCACCCUUUGCGGGUAUCCUGGUCUAAUGUUUUUACACUUGUGUGGAGGGGACUGAGAUUGUGUCGUUGGUCCGGUCAGGAGGCCGAUGACUGCUGCUCUAGUGACAGAUGAUUUGACCCGAGAGCAGCGGCAUGCACACGGAUGACCCUCUCGUAUUUCUUCAUGGUGAACUCCAGGUGUACGUGGCUUGAGCACUGCUACCACUACAAGAACACAUGCGAGGGUGGACAGGAGGAGAAUCGACGUGUUUGUUUUUUCCUUGGGUUUUUUUCUUUUUUGUUGGUUUUGUUUUUUUUUUUUUACUUUAAAUUCUGUCAGUCCAGUCCUGUGUUUGGUGAGCUGAGACCUUUAGUACAUUUUGAUGGUGAACUUUUGAUGGUGUCAUUUUGUUGUAAGGAUGUAUCUUUUUUGCGGGGGGGGGGGCGCAGGCAGAGAUUGUUAUGUGGGUGGGUCAUAUCAUUGGUUUACAGGGUAAACAUGCUGUUCGUUGCUGAUGUCGUCACAUAGUGGGGAGGGCCCUGGAGAAAAGGCAAAGCCCUAGUUUGACUUCAGGAAUCCAUGUGCGGAGAGAUGAUUUGCCAGAUGGAUGGCACUGAGACAAGUGACACUCUCACUGUUUUUUUUUUUUAUUUUAUUUUUUUUAUAUAUAUUAACCAUGUCUGUGUUUGUUGAAACGGUUUUUUGGAUAUUAAGCACUUAGUUGUCAAUCUGUUCACAAUGGCAUUUAAGAAAUUGUUUCCUGUGUCAGGUGGGAAAAAAUAAUGGACACAAGAACUGCGUAGAAAAUCCCACUGUGGAGGUCUCCUUCAACAUCUGCUCAUUUUGUUCUUUGGUCUUGCCACCUCUAUUGUGUAGCUCCCCCGCACUCAAAGCGACAAUCACAUUUCGGUGAUCGAUGACUUAAGCCGCUUCGAGCCAGUUUGCAGACCAAACUUAAAGCUGCUUAAAGGCGAAUUCCACAGCAUCACUCGAGUUUCCUUGCAUUAAAAAAGGUGACUUUAAAGAAUUAAAAAAGAAGCCAUCCUUCUAUGACUCUUUGUCCAUGGCAGUGUCGGGUUCCUCUGGCCUGCUAGAAUCCCGAUCUGACCUCUGACCUUUUGCUGCCCAGAAGAGGCACUGAGACUCGACUCCUCAUCCAGGCAGAUUUUGUACAGUUAUGAGAUAUUCUUAGUGUUAAGUGCCAUUUAUUUUACAAUAUACAGUACUCAAGUGACGCACAAUUUUUCUUUUUAGCCCCCACAUGCCGGGAUUUAUACUGUCCACACAGGGAAAUGUAAAACAAGAAACAAACAAAAAAAUAAACAAAUGAAACAUCUUUUUUUCCUCCCUUCCCAAUCCAUCACUGCCUUAGCUUUUAAAUGUUUCACUCAUUCGAUUUGUACACUAAACAAGACAAAACUGUGUCAAACGACUGCUUACCUGGGCCUGCAUCAGACGCUUUCUUAAACAACAGACCUAUGACAAAUUAAUUCAAGUGUACUUCAUUGCAGCUCCUGAGUUUGUACGAGUCAGAGGAGGUGGAGGGGCGAGGCGUUCAGAAGCAUCCUGGUAGUUUUUACACGACGAUUUCUCACAAUUUUAGCACAUUUUCGUGCAGCGUUUUAAAGGUCACCCUAACUCUGUAAAUUGAUGUGAAAAGCUUCUGUUUUUCCUUCCCUGCCUGGGACUGGGAAGCAGCGGCAGUAAGCUCGUGAUACUCGCAACACAAACAUGACUGUUAUAGGACUACCUCCUCUCCCUCCUUCAUCCUACCUUGUUGACGGUGAAGCAUCUAGCUGGCCUUACCUGCAAAAAGCUCAUCUCAGCUGUGUUUGAGGUCUCUUUCUUUUCUUUCUUUUAGUUUUUAUUUUAAAGUUUUUUUUUUCUGUCAAGACUGAUGGAUGGUUUAUUUGAUCAGGCACGGCAGAAACAGUUUCUGCGUGUAUAUCACUUAUCCACUGAUGAAAUUUAAGAAUGUGACGCUAAACAGACUAAGCCAUAUCCAGCUGUUCCCUGACUAAUAUGUUUUUUUGUUUUUUUUAAGUAUACUAAAAAUGAAUUUUAACAUGUAUCCAGUUUGUUUUUUGUUCUCACUGUUUGUUCAGUGCACGCCUGUUUCAUUUGGAAACCAGAUUAAUCAUUCAAACCUAAAAGGACAAAGGUGAUUGCUGAUGGUGUUCCCUGGACUGUCCAGUGGGGGGGGGUGGGAUAGGGAGGGGUGGGGGAUUGACAAACAACACAUUGUUCAACCAUUUUGUGCAUUUUUUUUUUAUUAUAACCCACUGUAUAAUAGCAAGGAUUGUAUAUACAACUGAAGAGAUGUAAAUAUUUAUGUGGCUUGCUUCAAGGUUGGUAUUACAAGAAAAGAAAGAAGACAUAUUCACAUGGUUAAAUUCUACAUGCCCACCAGCAAGCUUUGUGGAUAGCAGUGUAAAAAUGAAAAACAAAAGAGACACUGCCUUAAUGUUUAAAUAAAAAGCUUAUUGCCA